AUGCUUCUUUAUAAAGAUGUCAUAAGCGGUGAUGAGCUUAUCUCUGACGCAUAUUCUUUGAAAGAAGUUGACGAUGUGGUAUAUGAAGUUAAUUGUGAUAUGGUUCAGAUUAAACCAGGAGAAGUUGAUAUUGGUGCCAAUCCAUCUGCUGAAGAGAAUGAAGAAGUAUUAGAAGAUGGUGUAGAAACAGUUAAUAAUGUUGUUUAUUCGUUUCGUUUGGUUCCUACUUCGUACACAAAGAAGGAUUAUCAACUUUAUCUUAAGGGAUAUAUGAAGAAACUUAGGGAAUAUUUGCAGGUACACUCUCCUGAUCGAGUUGAAGCAUUUGAGAAAGGCGUUACGGCAUUUGUUAAAAAAAUCCUUGCUAAUUUUAAGGAUUAUGAUUUUUAUGUAGGUGAAAGCAUGAAUCCAGAUGGAAUGGUAGUAUUAUUAAAUUAUCGUGAAGAUGGGGUUACUCCAUAUAUGAUAUUUUUUAAGGAUGGUCUUAAAGAGGAAAAACUUUAA